AUUUCAUACGCAGCGCACUGAGAGUCCAUGCUUCACUCUUCCUAUCGACCCCAGUCGGCGUACCACCAUGUACGCCGCCGUCGCCUCCGCCUCCUCCUUCGUCCCACACCAUUGCUAUGGUAGUGGUGAACCUGUAAUGGCCCGCGCCGGCCUAGAGACCUAUACCACAAUGGUACCGGAGGGAAAUUUGAAUUCCGGUGCGCAGUGCGGAACGAAAUGGGUGUUUGUCUUGUUGUUAACUUGGGAGGGCUCUGUGUCAGGAGAAGCGAACCUCAGAGUGGGGCACUCCAACGUCGAGGUACUAUACUCAGUAGUACCAGAGUAGCAGUUGCCUUGAACUUUCUACGCUCCUGUGGCAACAUGGCCAGUGAGCGCGCUCACGCAACCUAAA